CGAGUUCUAUUCAGCAUGGUUGCCAUACUGUUUACUAUCUGUAGCUUACCUUUCUUGGUAAUAGCAUCCAGCCACAUCAACAGUACCGAUUUGACUUUUCAUCAAAAGUGCAAUCCGCUUCUUCAGUGCAAUGCAUAUUUUUCAGUGGCGGGUUUUGCUGAAGUAAGCUGGCUUGAAGCUAACUAUAUAUGCAAUAGAGUUGGAGCAGUCCUAGCUACUGUCAGAAAUGAGGAGCAGCAUCAGCUAAUGCUUCACUACGUCAACAGGAAAGAACGGAUAUUUGGAAACAGAACCUUUUGGUUGGGCGCCACAAACCUGGUCGAUCGGAGCUAUUUCUGGACCUGGAUGAGCACUGGCAUUCCCGUGACCUACGCACAAUGGAGCAGGAGAGAGCCCAAGUCUGAUCGAACAGGUCAAGACGCCUGCCUCGUCUUGGGAACGGACAAUCUCUGGCAUAGUGAACCCUGUCAACGGAAACAUAAUUUCAUUUGCGAAAAUGUUUGCCAGCUAAAUUAUUCAGCGCAAGACAAGAGAGUAUAUAUUUAAAAUUGUUUUUUCAAUCUGCAAAUAUAUAAAAGAAUAUCCAAAGCAAAAUGAAUAGAACAGAAAGGAAUUUUAACG